CAAGAAACAAGAAUUCUUAUUACGCUGUCGGGAUCUCAGUACAUUUUCAGCAAUCAGGCGGGCAGCAAGUGUCGUGGUUCAAGUGCGGCUAAAACAAAUUUAUAUCUCUCUCAAUCUCUUGAUUGUGCCUGACUUUUGUGAUUUGUUUUGGUUUUUGUGGCAAAUAAGGGACAAUUGCAACAACAACAAUAACAAAACAAAUCGAGUGCAUUUAGUGAGAAACGCGUAAUUUGAACUCAAAAUUCAAUAAUUACCGCCAAAAUCCUACAAAAAAAAAUUACAAAAAAUUCGAAAUAAAAAAAAUAAGAAAUACAACAGCAGCAGAAGAAUACAAAUUCAAAUCAACAAAUUAUAAUCCAUUUCCAAAAAUAAGUGAUUCAAGUGUAAACACAAAAAGAAAUUAAAAAUUAACAAAAAAUGCUGCUUUGAACUAAAAACCAAUUGGACCAAGUGUUAAGCUAAUAUAUAAAAAAAUAAAUACAUAAAUACAAAAAUUUGGAAAUUUGUAAUUCUCAUUAAAGGACAAAGAUCAGUGCUCCGUCCAUUGGCCAAGGCUCCAAUAGUCCGAUAAAAAUGGACAAAGGCCGCCAGAGGUUGCCGCAACUUUCGCCAAAUUAGCGCUGAGAGAACAACCACAACAACAACAACUAAAACAAAUUCCAACAACAACAAAAACGACAAACGAUAGAUUUGACGAAACGGCACAGUAAAUAUUUGCGAAUCUCAGACACACAAAAGAAUAAGAAACAAGAACACACGAAUUUGUUCAACACAACAAAAAAAGGAGCAAAACAAAAAAAAUCCGAGAAUCAAUUGAAAACGGGUCAAGGAAUUAAACAGACAAAAGGCUGCGGAUCAAGUCCAUUAAGGGCCCAAAAAGAAAACUCAAACACGCAUAGACCAAAACGAAGAAGAAGACGAAGAAGGAGAGAAGGAGAGAAAAAUAGAAGUCUAUAUAGGACCACUUAAAUGACCGAGUCCACCCAGCUGCAAACGGCGGAGAAUAACAGUGCGGGAGUGGUGAAAAUGGAGCCACCCCCACCGGCAACCCAUUCCGCCCACUCGCAUACACUCUCCACAGCCGCAAUGGCAGCAAGCGCCGCUUCAGCUUUAUCACCAGCAACGCCACCGCCGCCGCUGCCAGCAGCAACAUCAUCAUCCUUAUCCUCAGCGGCGUCAUCGUCGUCAUCAUCAUCAUCGGCUGCGUUGGCUGCCUCCGCCUCCCAUCAGCAGCAACAUUACGCUCUCAAAUGGAACGACUUUCAGACUUCGAUACUCAGCUCGUUUCGUCAUCUACGCGACGAGGAGGACUUUGUCGAUGUAACGCUGGCCUGUGAUGAGCGCUCAUUUACCGCCCACAAGGUUGUGCUCAGUGCGUGUAGUCCUUAUUUUCGUAAAUUGCUCAAGGCAAAUCCCUGCGAGCAUCCCAUUGUCAUAUUGCGUGAUGUACGCAGCGAUGAUGUGGAGAAUCUAUUGAGCUUCAUGUACAAUGGCGAAGUUAAUGUCAGCCAUGAACAGUUACCCGACUUCCUAAAGACAGCACAUUUGCUGCAAAUACGCGGUCUGGCGGAUGUCAAUGGCGGCUAUCCGUAUGCCAAGGCCUUGUCUGCCGCUCUCAGUCACAAUAAUAAUAAUAAUCACAAUAAUAAUAAUAAUGCCGAGAGUAGUAACCAUAACAAGAUCAGCAACUAUUUGCCUGUGGCACAUUCUGCCAAUAGCAGCAGCAGCAGCAGCCACAACAACAGCAGCAACAUCAAUAAUCACAAUUCCCCCUUCAAUACGCCGCAGCUACCCGUUGCAGUGCCACCAAGUGCCAGUGUAGCAGCCGCAGCAGCAGCUUCAUUAACUGCCGCUGUUGCUGCAGCAGCAGCAGCCACUGCCAGUUUACCCUCGGGCAGUAGCAGCAGCAGUGGUGGAUCAAGUGCCAGCGGCACACCCGCCAUACAGGAAUUGAAGGCCUCUGCAUCGUCGCCCGUAAGAAAAUCCAAUCCCACUCCCAUCAAAGCAAACAGCAGUAAUCACUGGGAUCUAAGUGAAAUGGAUGGCGGACGCAAGAGUCAUCUAACGCCGCCACCACAAAAACGCAUUAAAAGUGCCGAUCUAUUCCGGGCCCAACAUGGCAUCAGUCCGGAAAGACUGCUACUCGAUCGUGAAUUUCCUGUGGCCGGACAACAUCCAUUGACCCGUAAUCGUAGUGGUCGUGACACUUCAAAGGAUCGUGAACGUAAUCUAGAAUUGCGUGAAUCACUUUUAGGCCAGGCACUCGAGAACAGUAAUGGACAACAGGCCAAUCAGAAACACGAUCUCGGUCAGAGUGCUGGCGAGGAUUCCAAUAGCAGCGAUACAGAGCCCUCAGAUCGAGGUGAUGGCCAGCAUGAUGGUACACUCGAUGGCAUGGAUAAUCAACGUUCACACUCGUUCCCCAAUGCAUUCCUUGGCCUGCAGGGCAUUCCGGGUUUGCUGCCAGGACCUUCCGGCAUGAGUGGCAAUGAUUUCGUUUCCCGACGUUCACUGGAGAUGCGUGUCCGGGCCACCGAUCCCCGUCCGUGCCCCAAAUGUGGCAAAAUCUAUCGUUCGGCCCACACACUGCGCACUCAUCUGGAGGAUAAGCACACAGUUUGCCCCGGCUAUCGUUGUGUCCUGUGCGGCACAGUGGCCAAAUCGCGUAAUUCACUUCAUUCGCACAUGUCCCGUCAGCAUCGAGGCAUCUCGACCAAGGAUCUACCAGUUCUACCCAUGCCGAGCGCCUUUGAUCCGGAUCUAGCCUCACGUCUGCUGGCCAAGGCAGGUGUAAAAAUCUCACCUGCCGAGCUGCGGGCUCGAGCCUCACCCACAGGUGGCAGCGGCAGCAGCGGCGGUGGUGGUGGAGGCGGCAGUGGUCAACAGAAAUUGGACUUAAGUAAUGCCAGCGGUGGGCCAUUGGAUGAUGCCGAGGAUUCGGAUGAUGAUCCCGAGGAUUUGACCACUGGCAAUGGCCUGUAUGGCAUGGGCGGUGGCAGUGCCAGCGAUUUGAGUCGCUAUCACGAGAGUUUGCUGAGUAAUUUUGGCCAUGCCAAUACCACUAUCUCAAGAAUGCGUAAUGAGGCAGCCGCCGCAGCGGCCACAGCAGCCGCUUUGGGGCAACCAAAGGAUCUUCAGUUACCCACUGGCAACGCUGCUAGCCAAUCCCUGCUAGACACUUAUUUGCAAUUUAUCACGGAAAACACUUUCGGUAUGGGAAUGUCGCAAGAGCAUGCUGCUGCAGCUGCUUUGCAUGCUGCCAAAAUGGCCCAAUUGAAUGCCAUGGGUCAUAGUUUGGAUAAGCUGCCGCCUGGUUUGUUGCCCGGUCAAUUUGAUUUAAGUAAACUGGCAGCUGGUGGUAGUCCUGCAUCUGGUACCGGCUUUGGUGGCUCUCAGAGUGGAGCCGGUCUAACAAUUGAGCCAAUCCUGCGACAUGAUCAACAGCAAUCAUCCAGCAGUCUGUCACCCCAUUCGCAUGGACCAUUGUCGCUUAGCUCAGUGGCUCGUAGUAUGCAACAGCAUGGCCAUCUAAAUGAUCUUGAUGAUACCGAAGAUGGGGCAGAUGAUGGCAAUGAGGGAGCAGAGAUUCGCAGAGAUGGUUCCGAGCCAAUGGAUUUGGGUUUAGAUCAUAAUAAUCAAUCGGGCAGCAUGAAUGAGGCGGCCAAUUCGGAUGCCGAGGAGAACUACUCCGAGGACGAGGGUGUGCACAAUACAUAAAUUUAUCAACCAAAAUACCAAUAUGAUCGAUGACAACAAAUUGUAUACCCCAAAAUCAUGGAACAUAUGUAACGAGUAGCCUUAUCCUCAUGUAUACCAGUUUACGUGUACAUUAUGAAAAUGCACGAUAGUUACCUUAGGACUAGUAGAAUUUUAUGUUGUGUGUUUAUGUUUAGAAGCGCACAUACAUACCUAUAUAUAUAUACAUAUAUAUAUAUACUUAUAUACA